GCCGACCGGGAAAACUCCCGAUCGUCCCGAUUGCUGGCCUUGUGAGACCAUCCUGAUCUGGCGGAGUCAGGUUACCCGAUUGCCACUCCGCCCCUGUAUAACACGCACACACCCUAACCCCCUGCCUUUAUCACCGAGCGUGGAGAAAACAGCUGAGUUACAGUUUAUGGCCUCGGUCUCCUGAACGCCCCGUUUCGGUUGCGCGGCGCGCGCCCUAGGUCUCUUCCGUUUCGGUUUCGCUCGCAGGACCAGUUGCAUCUGACACGCAACGGGACAGAAACGGGACUCACCGGGAACACGAAAGAUGGCUCUCUCCAUGCAGACCCCGGUGUGUCUGGUUGAUAACGGGCCUGACGGGCACAUGCGUGUCCAGCAGGAGGCGCUGCAGAUACUGGAGCAGAUCCAGCAGCCGGUGGUGGUGGUGGCCGUGGUGGGGCUCUACCGCACGGGCAAGUCCUACCUCAUGAACCGGCUGGCCGGCAAACACACAGGGUUUGCCCUGGGCAGCACCAUCGAGUCCAAAACCAAAGGAGUCUGGAUGUGGUGUGUACCACACCCCUCUAAACCAGGACACACUCUGGUGCUGCUAGACACAGAAGGACUGGGAGACGUUGAGAAGGGCGAUGAAAAACAUGACACGUGGAUCUUCUGUCUGGCUGUUCUACUCAGCAGCUCUCUGGUCUACAAUAGCAUGGGCACCAUCGACAACACUGCCCUGGAGAAACUGCAGUACGUGACGGAACUGACAGAGCACAUCAAGGUGAAGUCCAGCGGUUAUGACCAGACCACGGAGCUGAUGCGUGUGUUUCCGUCCUUCGUGUGGACGGUCAGAGACUUCACUCUGGAGCUGAUCCUGAACGACAAACCCAUCACUGCUGACCAGUACCUGGAGAACGCCCUGAAGCUCAAACCAGGCCACUCUGCUAAGAUCUUGAGACACAACCAGGUGCGUCAGGGCCUGAGGGAUUUCUUUGCUGAGCGGCGCUGCUUUGUGUUCGAGCGUCCGGCCGACACCAAGAAUAUGCGGCGCAUGGAGGAGCUGACGGAUGCAGACCUGGACAGCGACUUUGUGGAGGCGGCCAAGCAGUUCUGUAGCCACAUCUUCAGCAGCACCAAGCCCAAAACCAUGAGAGGAGGCCUGGGUGUCACCGGCAGGAUGCUGGGCAGCCUGGCAGAGACGUAUGUGAAGGCGAUCCGCAGUGGGCAGGUGCCCUGUCUGGACAGCGCUGUGGAGUCGCUGGCGCUGAUCCAGAACGGGCGGGCCGUGACCGAGGCGCUGGAGUUCUACGAGAAAGAGAUGGAGCGCUGGGUGCGCUUACCCACCGAGACACAGGAGGCGCUGUCUGAGAUUCACGCUGCUGCAGAGAAACAGGCCGUCAGCAUCUUCAUCAGCGGAUCCUUCAACGACCAGGAACACAAGCACCAGCUCGAGCUCAUGAGGAGCGUGCAGGAGCGGUAUGAGGAGUGGUGUCGGUGUAACGCGCUGGAGUCCAGGCGUGUGUGUCGAGGCGUCCUGUCCCGUGUGUUUGCUGGCCUGGACGAGGCCGUGGUGGGGGGGUCGUACAUGAGGCCGGGGGGGUACGACACCUACCGCUCAGACCUGGAGAAGGCCACGCAACUCUACAGAGCAGCAGAGGGCACUGGACUACUGAGAGAGGAGGUCCUGACGGAUUAUCUGAUGGAGAAAAGUGCCGUUGGGGAGAACAUCCUGGCGGCUGACCGCUCCCUUACUGAAGCCCAGCAGAGGAUGGAAGCGGAGAAGAUGAAGCGAGAAGAGGCGGAGCAGCAGCAGAGGCUGCUGGAGGACUACAAGCACAUCCAAGAGCAGGCCAUCCAGGACCAGCAGAGGAGCAACCAGGAGAACCUGCGGCAGAUGGAGGCCAAGAUGGAGGAGCAGCGGCAGAGGGCCAAAGAGGAGCUGGAGCGUGCAGUCUCCGCUAAACUGAAGGAGCAUCAGGAGUCUUUGGAGGAGGGCUUUAAGGAGCGCGCUCGACUGAUGCAGGAGGAGGUGGACAAGCUGAAGCAGGAGCAGCAGGAGCAGGAGCCGCCGCAGGGCUCCUCCUGGCUGGACACCACAGCUGACGUUCUGGAGACCGGGGGGAUGGCAGCCACCUUCGUGCCCGGCUGGGGGCUCGCAGGGAUAGGCUCUAUGGUAGUGGGGAAGGCCCUCCGCUGGUUGAAAAAGUAAGCUGGGGCAGGCAGAGUCCUCCACCGAUUAAACUGGGGGCUACUUGAGAUUAGUACAAGUUAUAUAUUCCAUAUUAUAUAUUUCUAAUACCGUAGAGACAUAUGUAGAAUUAUCACAGGAAGUGUUAUUUGAUUCUGAGUCAGUUUCUUUUUGUUCUAAUCUGAAAUAAACUGUAAAUCACUCAUAA